GUCUUAAAAUGGACGGGGUCCUGGUUUUUCUGGUCCUCUGUGGGACUCUGGCACCUGCACACAGUGCACUUACUCCUCCUGCAACCUUCCUUCCUUCCAACCCCUACACCACCACUCCAGCCACCCCUCCUCAGCCGACGACUAGAGCUGCGACAACCGUGAAACCAAGUGUCAUGAGUGGCACCUACCUGCUGACAGUGCCACAGAAAGCUAUACCCGGUUUCAACUUCACCCUGGGGUACGAGUCGUUUGUCGACAGACCGGUGGAGCUUCAUGCCAGAAUCUAUGAGAUGGUGUAUGAUGGUGCGGCGGGUAGAUAUGCAUACCCGACUGUCGUCACCGCUACUGGCUCCUUUGUCAAAGGUCAGCCUGGUCUGCUAGACCUACCUUUGCCGUCCAAUCUGAGGCAAGGGAAUUACUACUGGGAGAUGGGCUGCAACGACUGCGAUUUCCUCCCAUCUACUAACUACAACGACUAUGCUGUUCACACCACAAAGUACUAUGUUAGUGGAGGGCUAAACGUGGCCUACGACAUCACAACUAUUCUGGUACAGACGGACAAAGCCAUCUACAAGCCCGGACAACUCGUGCAUUACAGGGUGUUUGCAGUUUACCCAGACCUCAGGAUGUACACUGGAAAAUUCCAGAUAGAAGUUUCGGAUCCUAAUGGAAAUAAAAUUCAAAGGCUGUCGGAAGUGUCUGGAACACAAGGUGUAGUGGAAGGAAGUCUAGGGUUAGCCGACAAGCCUCUCUUUGGAGACUGGACUAUCUCGGUACAAAUUCAGACAACAACACGUUCUGACUCGUAUUCUAAGAAGUUCUCGGUGCAGGAAUACACCUUGCCGAGGUUUGAAGUCAACGUCGACGUACCGUCCUACGUGCUGCUGACGGACGAAGACGUCAAAGGAUCCGUGAAGGCCACCUACACGUUUGGUCAGCCGGUGAAAGGCAUGGUAGAGCUCCACGUGUCCUCCAUGGCGGGGCUGGACUACUGCGGCAAAGAACCUCCCUUCAUGCAGAUCGCCUUUGACAUUGACGGAGAAGCGAAGUUCUCUGUACCCCGGGUAGACAUCAGCCGUGUGGUGAGCACCUACGACGGUUCUCAGAUUAAGAUAACAGCCAUUGUGAAGGAGACGUUGACGGACGUGAAGCUGCAGGGGUCGGCGGUGGUGACCUACAGGAGCACGCCGUACAAAGUGACCAUACUGGACAACACGCCUGGUGUCUUCAAGCCUGGACUUCCAUUCAGUGUCUUUGCCAAGGCUUCAAUGCAAGACGACAGUCCAGUGGCUGGUGCCACCACCAUGACCAUCUUCACAACGGCUCACUACAACAUCCCCGCGGACAACAGCUUCCUGUACGGGGUGUCACAGUUCACGGGUACCUACCCGUUGCCAGUAAGGACGAUUGAUGUUCCUCCAUCCGGUGUAGUCAAGAUCGACAUCGACAUCCCCUCCAACGCCACCUCGCUUGACGUCACUGUUGACUUUAAAGGCGUGAAAGCCAGCAAGAAUAUCAACAAAAUGUUCUCCAUUAGCAAUAACUACCUGCAGCUGACACUUCUCGACAACAACCUGAAGAGUGGUCAGACAGCCCGCAUUCGAGCAAAGUCCACGGAACCUGUUUAUCGUCUCUGGUACCAGGUUCUUUCCAGAGGACUAGUCUACGAAGCCACCAGUGUGGACGCUAAAGGUCAGCACGUGAUGGUCAUUGACAUUCCAGUGACCCCUGACCUGGCGCCAACCGCCCACAUGAUGGCCUACUACGUGCGUCCUGACCUUGAAAUCGUGGCGGACAGCAUCGCCUUCAACGUCGACGGAGUCUUCGAAAACGAGGUAACUCUGGAACUCAGCACCAACAAAAGCGAGCCGCACACUGACCUGGAUGUCUACCUCACCGCUGACCCUGACUCCAUGGUCUACUUGCUCGCUGUCGACCAGAGUGUCCUACUCAUGAAAACCGGAAACGACGUCACACCAGACGAGGUGGCAGAGGCAGCUGCAAGCUACAGUGUAGGCACGAAGCCAUCCGACUCGGCUUUCGCUCUUUCCCUCAGUCAGCGAAACAUCGCAGGUACCAUCCAGGAAGCCGGUGUCAGGGUGUUCUCUGAUGCAAACCUCUACGCCACUUCCGCUCCCACAUCUUCGUUGCCAUAUGAUCCAUCAAUUUACGGGCCUGCUUCCUUGGCGAUUCAACCAACAUUUAACCCACAGUUUUGGGGAACUCAAGCCCCGAUGUUUGGACAACCUCUACCAGCCAUGACAUUCCAGCCAGGCAGGGCUCCAGGAAACGGUGGAAGUGGAGAGGAUUUGCUGAGACCGGCGACAGAUUCUCGGGUGGCGCCGUAAACGACCUGAAAAAUCAGCCUCUGCAGGAAGUUGAGCGGGUGCGCAACCUGUUCCCUGAGACCUGGCUUUGGCUCAAUCAAACAGUCGGCUCGGACGGCUCGGCCACGAUUCACACCACAGUCCCAGACACCAUCACCUCCUGGAUCACCACAGCCUUCGCCACCAACCUGCAGUCUGGCCUGGGAAUCACUUCCUCUGCUGCUAAG